AUGCUGCGAAGCACCAGAAUAUACCUCGGCAGCCCAAUUUGCCGAUCAGUUAAAGUUGGACGCCAGAUAAUACCUUUAUCGACGAGGAUACGUAAUUUCUCGUCAUCGCCUACGGAUUCACCGAGAUUACCGCUCUCGGGGACGAGGAUAUUGGAUUUGACGAGGGUCUUGGCGGGGCCGUAUUGUACGCAGAUAUUGGGGGAUCUUGGAGCAGAAGUUCUGAAAAUAGAACAUCCAACUAGAGGAGAUGACACGAGACAGUGGGGACCACCGUAUGCGCCGCAUAUAGAUGGGAGUUCUGGGCCGGGAGAAAGUGCUUAUUACCUCUCAGUAAACCGCAACAAGAAAUCAAUCGGGGUAUCGUUCAAAGAAGAGAAAGGCGCAGCUUUGAUACGAGAGCUCGCUUUAAAAGCUGAUGUUUUUGUGGAGAAUUAUCUGCCUGGGACGUUGAAGAAGUACGGUCUUGAUUUCAAGACGCUGAGUGAGGCGAAUCCGAAGUUGAUUUAUGCGAGUGUGACGGGGUAUGGACAGACAGGGCCGUAUAGUGAUCGUGCGGGGUAUGAUGUUAUGGUUGAAGCGGAGAUGGGUUUGAUGCACAUCACAGGCACACGUGAUGGACCUCCUGUCAAGGUGGGUUGUGCAGUGACAGACUUGACGACGGGACUGUAUACGGCGAAUAGUAUUAUGGCGGCGCUGCUUGGUCGUGCGAAGACUGGUGAGGGGCAGCAUUUGGAUGUAUGUUUGAGUGAUUGUCAGGUGGCGACUUUGUCGAAUAUGGCGGAGUCGGUUUUGAUCUCUGGGAAGAGGGAUACCGGACGGUGGGGAACUUCACAUCCAUCGGUUGUACCAUACCGGUCUUUCAAAACAUCCGAUGGCGAUAUUCUAUUUGGUGGUGGAACUGACAGGUUGUUCGGCAUCCUAUGUGAAGGACUCGGCAAACCCGAAUGGAUCAGUGAUGAACGCUUCGCCGUGAACUCAUCUCGGGUGGCGAAUCGAAGUCUAUUGGAGCCAUGGAUUGAGGAGAUCACUAUGUCGAAGUCAACGCAGGAGUGGCUUGAGAUAUUCGAUGGCACGGGAUUGCCAUAUGCGAAAGUCAAUGAUCUGAUGGACACUUUGACGCAUGAACAUGUUGUUGCUCGUGGAAUGGUCAAGGAGAUCGAUCACCCGACGUGUGGACCGAUGAAGUUGAUCAAUACGCCUGUGAAAUACUCGUACUCGACUCCGGGGAUCAGGACGCCACCUCCAACGCUGGGGCAGCACACGGACGAGGUUUUGAGCGAAGUGUUAAGUUUUAGUAAGGAAGAGAUCAAAGAGCUGCGAGCAGAAGGGGUCGUAGGAUGA